GGGCCGGCUGCACACGAGGCCGGCGUCCGGGUCGGUGCCGUUGAGGGUUCCCGCCACUGCUGCUAGCGGGUUUGCGGGGCAAAAUUUCUCGCUGGCUAGCCUUCUUUUCCCUCCCGCACUUUAGUGGGGAGGGGGUGGAUCCUCGAGUCAGUGCUCAAGUUCACGAUGACCCGAGAGAACCCGAGGAAGUUGUCGCCGCGGCCAUUUCCCCCAGCGCGUCAACUUGCUGGCCGCGGAGGGGAAGGAGCACGGAGGCCGUGACAGCGACGCAAACAUCAAAUCAAAUGCAAACAGAUUCAUUAUCUUCAUCCCCUAAUCCUGUGUCACCUGUGCCUUUGAAUAACCCAACAAGUGCCCCAAGAUAUGGAACAGUGAUCCCUAAUCGCAUCUUCGUAGGAGGCAUUGACUUUAAGACAAAUGAAAAUGAUUUAAGAAAAUUUUUUUCCCAAUAUGGGUCUGUAAAAGAAGUGAAGAUUGUAAAUGACAGAGCCGGAGUGUCCAAAGGGUAUGGUUUCGUCACUUUUGAAACACAAGAAGAUGCACAAAAAAUUUUACAAGAGGCUGAAAAACUUAAUUAUAAGGAUAAGAAACUGAACAUUGGUCCAGCAAUAAGAAAACAACAAGUAGGGAUCCCUCGUUCUAGCAUAAUGCCAGCAGCUGGAACAAUGUAUCUAACAACUUCAACUGGAUAUCCUUACACUUACCAUAAUGGUGUUGCUUAUUUUCAAACUCCAGAAGUAACUUCUGUUCCACCACCUUGGCCUUCACGUUCUAUAUCUAGUUCCCCUGUGAUGGUAGCUCAGCCUGUCUAUCAGCAACCUGCAUAUCACUACCAGGCCCCUGCACAGUGUCUACCAGGUCAGUGGCAGUGGGGUGUUCCUCAGUCUCCUGCCUCUUCUGCUCCGUUCUUAUACCUGCAACCUUCAGAGGUUAUUUAUCAACCAGUGGAAAUUGCACAAGACAGUGGAUGUGUUCCUCCUCCACUGUCUCUGAUGGAAGCUUCAGUUCCAGAGCCUUAUUCUGAUCAUGGAGUUCAAGCAACAUAUCACCAGGUUUAUGCUCCAAGUGCCAUUGCUAUGCCUGCACCUGUGAUGCAGCCCGAACCAAUCAAAACAGUGUGGAGCAUUCAUUAUUAAGACAAUUGGGCAGCUCUAGUCCAGCUCAACUGAUUUCUUAUCCAACGAUCCUUGUGUGGCCGAGAUCCAGCUUCAACGAACCGGCUAGAAGCUGCCCGUUGUGAAACUUAGGGUUAGUUAAUACCUCGCCAUACUUAUUUAUUCCACUAUAAGCUGUCUAAAUUUGAUGAAAUUUGCUUUUUCAGCUGUUCUAGAAAAUUAUUUAGGUAGAUGUGGCAUGUUGGUGUUUUAAUGUGUUAAUCUAACUGUAGUGCCGUUUUCUACAACAUGUUUUAUCCAUUCCAUAAAUAAUAACCACAUUGGGAA